AUGUCACAUAACGGAUCUUUUAUAGCGGAGGACGCUGAGCCAAAGAGACAUGCAGCAUGUGAUGAAUGCCGAAAACGCAAGCUGAAAUGCUCAGGCGAAAAGGAUGGCUGUCGACGAUGUGUCAAACAAGCCAUCACCUGCCACUAUUCAAUACAGAAACAGAUGGGCCGGCCCCCCAAGAAAAGGACGCGAGUGGAUGAUAGAAACGUUCUAUCCGACAUGGAUAGUCCAUACAACAAUUCAAAUUUAGAAAGAGAGUGGACAUCGGCCAAUAUAGAAGUGGACACUUUCCACCUAUGUCCACCAGUCUACCUUAAUCGCCCGCAGGAUCAAAUCGAUACUGAUCCAACGUCAUCACUAGACCCGUUCCACAGACUACGGCCGAUAUCUGCAACGACUGCUCCUUGGCCUGACUUUUCAACUGCUUCGGCUGCAUCUGCAAUGCUAUCUAUGAAUCCCGGAUUUCCAAGUAUGACAGUGGAGUCGAUACUACCCAAUGGAUCCCAGAGUAUCCCCCAGUGUCCUUGCCUGUCUUACCUCUACCUCUGUUUAAGCAACCUUUCGAGCCUGAAUGCUUUUUCUGUCACUAGGGAAACGAUCACAUCGCUGCAUACCGCCGCGAGAACAGCUCAAUCAGUCAUUCGGUGCGAAAUAUGCCCGCUGGCUUUUGCCACGGGCAUUCAAAAUGUCAUGAUGCUGGGUACUCUCCUGAGCGUCAUUGCAGAUGCUUGGCUCAGGGUGUCCAAGGCCGAUGCAGAAGUUUUGGGUAAGGAGAUUGCUCCUUCAGACUUCCUGAAAUCCAUCACCGAUGACCCUCAAGGAGCAAAUGCAACUUGGAAACAGUGGCUUCGACAGGUAGUUCGACGCUCAGUCAUUGGUGGCCCUUUGGACGAUGGUUUGUGCGAGCCUGGGGUUUUGUGCAACAUGACGCCCGACAUUCUCUCACUCGUGCGUGAAAUGGAGGACCGCCAACAUAGAUGGCAUGCCGAGAAGAGGUCGCGUAAUCUGAAUUAUAAAUCCGCUAAAUUUGAUACUUCCUGUUCAACUUUGAUGUCAAAUGCAACAUCGCCAAGUGUGUCGUGCUCCGUCUCGACUACCCUAACUGAACCUGAUAACGACAUGACCGAGGAAAAAGAGAAUAUCGAGGAGAGGGAUAUGCUAUGUCUAAGAAUUGUUGGUGCUGGAAAGAAAGUUCUUGAGGGAUUUGAAUUUCAAGCUUGGGAGUAUCCAGAUGGCGUGGAGCCUUUGUAA